AUGUCACGCUACAACCCUCGCAACGAUCCUUAUGGCAAUGGUAGUCACCGAUCCAACGACCGCUAUGGCGGCCGUGAGUACGAUGCAUACGACCAGCCUCGAUCUCGCGGUCGUGGCCCACCAUCCGAGAAUGACUACUACGAGGACUCUCCUCAUUCUCGUCGAUUCUCUCACACAGCGUGUCCCCCUUGCUACAGCGGUCCUCGUGGUCAUGACGCUUACAGCAAUCCUCGUUCCGGACGAUAUGACGAACUAGACGAGUACCUCGACCGGGGUACGGGCCGCUGUCACCAAGACUUCGACGACGACCCACUCACGCGUCCCGGUCGCAACUCACACGGCUCAUCAUACGGUCGUCCUUGCAUGACCCGCGACUCAUCUCCCGACGACCUCCCACCUCGCAUUUCGUACGGUCGCCACGGUGGUAGUUUUGAGGUGUACCCUGGUGGCCGUGACGUCGUGCUCGAGCCUGGUGAGCGGCGUUCCACCGCCCCUCUCUCGCGACAGGACGCUGAACUUAUCGAGCGCACUAAGGGUGACUUGCCACGUCGGGAGUUAUUGCAGAUCGCGAUACGCGCUGAGGCAGAUGCUGCGUCUCGUUAUGAGGUUGAUCCGGACGAUUUCGACGGCUUUGUCAAGACGAAUCUCGGCUGGUUUGUGGUGUGGCGUAAGUAG